AUGUUAGAAGAACCGGACCGGACCGGCCGGUCGGACCGGUCCGACCGCGACCCGCCACGAAAGCGGUCCGGUCUGAUGCUGAAAACCGGGAUAUUCAAGAACCCGGGUCAAAUGUCAAAAACCCGGUCCAACCGGCAAAACCCGGCGAACCCGGAAACCGGGGGAGCUUGUGGAUUUGAAAAUGACGUGGCGUAUCCCCCAUACAAUGGCAUGACGGCUGCAGGGAAUCAAAAUAUAUUCCAAUCUGGAAAGGGUUGUGGAUUAAAUUUUUUAAUAAUUUGUUUUUUUUUUCAGGUGAAAUGUACAGAAAAUCCGCUGUGCUCGGGAAAUCCAGUUACUGUAACGGUCACAAACGAAUGCCCCGGUACGUGCAACAAUGAAGCAUUCCACUUCGAUUUGAGCGGGAAAGCUUUCGGAGCUUUAGCCAAACCGGGUCAAGCUGACCCGUUAAGGAAAUGGGGCAGAAUCAAUAUCCAAUACCAAAGGCAAGAAAAUAAAUCUAUCUAUCGUAAUUCUCGAUUGGUGUUAUGCAACUACAAUGGGACCAAUAUAACAUUCAAGAUCGACUCUGGAUCGAACCCUAACUACCUAGCAUUUGCAGUAGAAUACGUGAAUGGAGACGGCGAUAUUGGUUCCCUCGAGAUAUUGUCGGACAAUUCUAAAGGAUGGUUAUCCAUGAAACAAUCAUGGGGUGAAACUUGGGCCGUUGGAUUACCCGUUGGGAUAAGCGGUCCUUACUCCGUGAGGCUUACCACAAUCGAGUCGAAGAAAACAGCACUUGCGUAUAAAGUGAUCCCUGGUAAUUGGGUUCCGGGACAGUCUUAUCACUCGAGAGUUAACGUUUAAUUUCUUAAUUACGAAUCCAUGUGCAUCGGACUAAACGUAAAUCGAGAUUUCU